AAUUUUCCACAUUCUGAGACUGAGUUUUAUUGUGUGUGUCAGGGUGUGUGUGAAAAAUAAGUCCUACAUUAUGAUUUUCUUGUUUCGUAACAGUCAUCAACAUAGCUGAUCUGAAAUUUUUUUUCCCAUAUUUUUUUCAAGUAAACGAAGUGCGGUUUCCUUUUUUUUUUUUUGUUUCCCAUCAGUUCCAUAGUUCAAACCAUCCAACACCUCAUUAACCCAUCUAAACUUUCGAACUAUUUACUUGUAUCCCUCCCUCUUGGCCCAACUAAAACAAAUUGUCUCUCUCUUAAGUUACGUAUCUCGUGAAUCUACAAAGGGAUUGAUAGAAUUUUGUGGGUAGAUAGAAGAAGGGCCUUCAAUGCUGGGAGACCACAGAUCCAUGAUGAAGCACAAAUUGGCUGCUUAAUUGUGUUUGAUUUGUUGGAUUAGGCACAAGUAGGGCUUCAAUUUUGGGUUCAGUCUGAAACUGGUGGCGCCUUAUUGUGUGGAUUGCCUCACUGUCGUUGUGGGUAAGAGGAAGAAGAAGGGUAAUAUUACUGUCCCAAAUGCGAGGGAGGUGAUGUGCCAAAGCUCCAAAGCUCUAAACCACAGGAAAGUAAUCUAUACUUUGCCCAACCCCCAAUUCUCAGCCCUUGACCACGUCAGCCCUGUGGUGUUAACUUUCUAUAUGAGCACCUUGGGCAUAACAAAUUUUAUCGCAAGGGUAUGUUUUGAUGUCCAGAAUCUAGAGGAGGAAUAGGAAUAUUAUCAGCAAUCAAAUUCCCGGAAUCAUAGGAAUGUGGCAUCGCAUCCUAUUCCUUCUAAAAAUACAAUCAAGAAGUGUAUUUUGCUGUCUCACGUUAGAAUUUGAAAAUUUUCUAAUGAGAUUAUAUUUUUUGUUAAUUACUAUUUUAUUUGUAUAUCUAACAGAUUUUUCAAAUGUCAAAUCACCUUUUUUUAGUAGGAUUUGAUAUUCAAAGGAUGCAAUGUGAAGAGACGUAAUGUUUGAGUUAUCUUCCCAAAGUUACCCAACCAUCUAAUUUUUUCCUAUAUGGUAUAUGUGGGCCUCUGGAUCACCGUUUAGUACACCUCUCGGGUGAUUCGGGUAAGAUGGUUAGAGCCUAGCAUCUUCACCUAACCUGCACAAGGAAGCACAGCUAAAGAACCACACCGGAGGGGCAUGUACCUUCUAGGGUUAGCUUUGCUUUCCUUUUAUAGAGGAUCCUUGCUAGCUCUCCAAGUACGUGCGCGUGCCUCGCACGCAUGGUAACUACCUCGGGUGAUGUCACAAAUGACACACCCGUAGGGUUGCUAUUGGAUAGGAACGGGAGCUGUCAACCACGUGCACAUGUGCCUGGCUCACGCUUUAAUCACCUUGGCUGAUGUCACGAUAAGUCGAUUAGGGGCAAGGUGGUUAAGAUCACGUGGAUGAGCUGGCAUAAUGUUCAUUGCCGAGCCUAGUUUCCAAACACUAGCUUCACUUGGCGCAGACCAGCACUUGCCUUCGUCAGCCCAGCAAUCCUCAACCGCCGGACCAAGCACUAACGCUGCCGACCCAAGAUACUGAGCCUAAAAGCUCACUCAUGGGUUCAGCCAUUCUGGAUAGAAGAUGAACUUGAGCUCGGCCAUCCUGCCAAGCACACAGCGGGUGUCCGAACUGUUAUGUUCGGCCCACUACAGCAUAUAGCAAGCCUUGCCUCUGAACCUUUUCCCCCGUAUGGAGCCAGCAUCACAAUUUUUGUAUGGCAUGAGUGUAUUCUCUUUAAGAGCAACCAUGGGGACGAUGAGCGGACCAAGUCCUGGAAUUCUUCCCGAAAAACUCACAGAAGAUAAUUAUGAAUAUUGGAAAGUAAGUGUGAGAAGGUACUUGAUUGGUUUAGGCCUUUGGGAUGUUGUAUCUGGGACGAAAGCUCAACCAGCGAAAGAUGCGGAUGAUUAUGAGGAUUGGGAAAGGAAGAAUGCGUUGGCUUUAGUUGUCAUUCAACAAUCAUACGGGACACAGGUAUAUUAUAACUUCAGGAAUUCUAUAACUGCCAAAGACGCAUGGGAUUCAUGGAAACCCAUGACUCAACAGCAGUGGGGACCAUCACAAUUAACACAACCAGAUGACAAUGAAGCGACACUAGAAGCCAAUGAGGAUACUGAUUUCCUUUGCUACGCGGCGAUUUAUAAAGCAGUUGGAAGUGGCAAUUGGAAAACCACAAUUCAUUUACUUGAUCAGGAACCCAACACUGUUGGCCUGAAAAUUUCAGCCAAUGGGGAUACUGCUCUUCAUGUUGCGAUUCUGGCUGGACAUGUACAGAUUGCUGAGGAAUUGGUGAAGUUAAUGUCAGCAAAGGACUUGGAAAUGACAAAUGAAUACGGGGAUACAGCCCUCUCUCUUGCUGCCAUCAGUGGAGUCACAAAAUUAGCCAAGUUAAUAGUGGACAAGAAUCCCAAGUUGGUUACCAGAAGAACUGAUCAAAGUGCUGACGGUCAUGUCCCCGUUAUUGUGGCUUCUCUAUAUGGCCACAAAGAUAUGGUACAUUACCUCUAUGAUGUAACUCCCAUUGGUGAGCUCAGUGGCAAGGAUGGUGCUACGCUGCUGAAUUGCCUCAUCACUGCUGAUAUGUAUGACGUGGCUUCACAUCUACUGGAACAGUACCCACAAUUGGGUCUCACAAAAGAUCAUCAUGGAGAUUACGCCCUCGGAAUAUUGGCUAAAAAACCAUCUGCAUUCCCAAGUGGCUGUAAACUUUCGUACUGGAAAAGAUGGAUCUACUCAAGUAUCAGUGUAGAUUCGUUACAAAGGGUUCUUAAACAUGGGGGUGGGCCCUUUCAUGGACCAACUGAUGAAGAGAAUCCAGCAAGACCCAGGCACGAGCUGAAUGCUAGAGGAAAUAUAAUUGACAAAGUACUAAGCCAGGUCCGAAAGCUGAUAUCUGGCUUUUUAAAAAACUUUGUUCCAGAUAUAUAUGACGAAAAGUUGACACAUCAUGAAGCCCUAAAAACUCUCAGGUGCAUUUGUAAGGAGAUUUUUAAACUGAGUGAGUCACAACUUAAUGAUAUCGGUAUGGAUGUAAUAAUCCACGACGCCAUUCAGCAUGGGAUCUUAGAGUUCAUUAUCGAAGUAACCAACCAAGAUCCUUCAGUCAUAUGGAGGAAGAAAGAUUCAAUGAUAUGGAGAAAAUGUGUUAAAGGUAGAACAAUCUUUUCACUUGCAAUUGUGCUGCGCCAAGAAAAAAUUUUUAGCCUUAUACAUGGACUGGGAAUAAUGAAGAGCAUUAUGGCAUGUGAGCGCGAUGUAUUUUCAAACAACUUUUUGCAUCUAGCUGCAAAGUUGUCUCCUCCUUCUCAACUUGAACGCGUCUCUGGUGCAGCCCUACAAAUGCAAAGGGAACUACAAUGGUUUAAGGAGGUGGAGAGUCUGGUGCAACCCAAGUGCAAAGAAGAAGUCAAUUUUGCCAACAAAACACCUAGUGCUCUGUUUACCGAGGAACACAAAGAGUUGGCAAACGCGGGAGAAAGUUGGAUGAAGAGCACUGCAGCAUCAGGCAUGGUUGUCGGCACCCUCAUUGCCGCCCUUAUGUUUUCAACGUCUUUCACAGUUCCUGGAGGUACUAAUGAAAAGACGGGCCUGCCUGUGUUUCUCAACCGCAACGGAUUUGUGAUUUUUAUCGUGGCAAAUGCAUUAUCAAUGUUCUCAUCCUCCACCUCGGUGUUGAUGUUCUUAGGCAUUCUCACUGCUCGCUAUGCAGAAAACGAUUUCUUCCGUUCUUUGCCAACAAAAUUGAUUGUCGGUCUUUCUUCCCUUUUCUUGUCCAUAGUAACCAUGAUGAUAGCCUUCGGAGCUGCAAUGAUUACUACCCUCCACGAACGGUUAACUUGGGCCACCAUUCCAAUCAUCGUUCUUUGCGUCAUACCUGCUACUCUAUUUUGUCUACUGCAGUUUCCCCUCCUCCUUGAGAUGUUCUAUUUCACAUACGUAUCCAGCAUCUUCGGCCAAAAAAAUCCCCUUCUACUUCAUCGAAGGGGUUGACGUGAAAUCUCUAUACUUUUGCAAAUAUCGAAUUUCUAUUGAACUAGUUAUUGGAAGCUGUAAUAUUUGUUGUGAUUCUCCCAAGCUUUAUAUGCUUGUUAUUGGUGAGUGCUUCAAUAUGGCCAACAGUAUAGUGUAAUUGUGUUUAUAAAAGCUGUAUGAUCUUUUGUACGUA